AUCAUUUAUUAUAACCAUUCACUACUCCCCGUACCCCUCCUGACUCCCUUAAGUUAUCUCCAGGGAUGGCACUCCCUGUCUCCAAACUCCCUCCAUCCUUCAACCCCCUCUCCCACCAACCUUGUCCUCCUCCCCCAAGACAGCCCCUCAUCCUGUCUCUCUUCCCUUCCCGGCCCUCUCCAACUCCAAUCCUGAGAACACUAAGAACCAACAACCCGCCAUCAUUAUCAUCAAAGACUCGUUUGCCAUUAGCCACCAAGGAUGAUUCCUCGUGUUCCAACAUCACUGAGCUGGAAGCCGAGGAAGAAGAGGAGCUCUUUCGAAGCCCCCUCCGUCCUCCAGGCGACGGCCGGCUCGCGGACCGGUGGCGCGAGAUUCACGGCCGGGACGACUGGACCGGUCUGCUGGAUCCCAUGGACCCUCUCCUCCGCUCCGAGUUGAUCCGCUACGGCGAGUUCGCUCAGGCCUGCUACGACGCCUUCGACUACCAGCCCUUCUCCCGCUACUGCGGUAACUGCAGGUACAACCGUCGGCAGUUCUUCGCCAGCCUCGGCAUGGACGCCGCCGACUACGAAGUCACCCACUACCUCUACGCCACCUCCAAUAUAAAUUUACCGAAUUUCUUCACUACGACCCGGGGAUCCAAGACCUGGAGCCAAAAGGCCAACUGGAUCGGCUACAUCGCGGUGUCGGACGACGCCGCCACCGCCCGUCUCGGCCGACGAGACGUCGUCAUCGCGUGGCGGGGCACGGUGACGAGGCUCGAGUGGGUGGCCGACCUCAUGGACUUCCUCCGACCAGUGGCGUCGGAGGGGAUCCCCUGCCCUGACCCGGAAGUCAAAGUGGAAUCCGGCUUCAUUGACCUCUACACCGACAAGGAUCCAAGCUGUCGCUUCUGCAAGUACUCAGCUCGCCAACAAUUGCUAACGGAGGUGAGACGACUGGUAGAGCAACAUACGAAGAUGGGUGAGACGGUGAGCAUAACGGUGACGGGGCACAGCCUUGGGAGUGCUUUGGCGAUGCUGAGCGCGUACGAUAUAGCGGAGACGGGGCUCGACGUCGGCGUUGACGGCGAGAAGGUGGCGGUGACGGUGUUCUCGUUCUCCGGGCCGAGGGUGGGGAAUGGGAAGUUUAAGGAGAGGUUUGAGGGGUUGGGGUUGAAGGCGUUAAGGGUGGUCAACGUGCACGACACGGUGCCAAAGGUGCCGGGGAUUCUGGUCAACGAGCACGUGCCGGAGUUGUUGAGGAAGUUAGCGGAAGGGUUGCCAUGGAGUUAUAGCCACGUGGGGGUGGAGUUGGCUUUAGACCACAAGAGCUCGCCGUUCCUUAAAGACACCGGUGAUCGUUCUUGCUUUCAUAACCUUGAGGCCCUCUUGCACCUCAUCGACGGGUACCACGGGAGUGGCCAGAAGUUUUACCUGGCGAGCAAGAGGGAUCCAGCGUUGGUGAACAAGGCGUGCGACUUCCUCAAAGACCACCUCAUGGUUCCACCAUUCUGGAGGCAGGAGGAGAACAAAGGCAUGGUCAGGGCUCAUGACGGCCGGUGGGUGCAGCGCGAGAGGCAGAAGAUAGAGGACCAUGCCCUGGACAUACACCAUCACCUCCAACGACUGGGUCUGGACAAAGAUCAUUAAUAUACGCCAUUCAGAAUGCUUCAAGGAGCUGCUGGGUUGGCCAAAAAUAUAAUUGUCUACGUUCAGGUGGCAUGACUACUACUCGCAUGCAAGACAGCCAGAGGACGACUUGGUGCUAUAUAAUGCGUUCGUGAGUCUUGUGUGAUUAGGGUUGGAAUUGAGCCCGAAGCCUUGGGUUGGGCCGACUUCGGAUCAGGCUAGAGGAGUUUGAGCUUAAAUAUAGAGUCCAUAUAUUUUUCGAACUGAGCUUGGGUAUUAGCAUUGGUCAAGCGGAGCUCGAGCACAAAUGAGAUCCAAAAUGGAGCGCGAACUCAAUUCUAGAUCCAGCCCGAACCUAAACUUAAGUACUUGCUUAUAAACUACUUAGAAAACAAGAAUGUCAUUUUCGAUUGUAUUAUCAAUUUGUUUUUUUGUUAAACAUAUUUCUAAUUAUCAGAUGGUUGCUAAUAUGAAGCUACAG